AUGAGUGAACGUGUUAAACGACGGCGGUUGAUUACCCCCCUCGAAAACCCAGAUGAGAACCAUGAUCCCUGUUGUCCAGCAUCAGAAGAGGAGAAGAAGAGCUGGAAUGGUUUCUGCGAGCUUGAAUCGGAACCAGCUAUUUUUAAUGUGAUGCUUCGGGAAUUCGGCGUGAAAGGGGUCAAAGUCCAGGAAGUUGUCUCGCUAGAUGAAGAGCUACUGGCUUUCUUAAACAAGCCUAUCUACGGAUUGAUUUUCUUGUUUCGCUGGCGGGAAGAUGACCCAGAGAAACAGGAGGCGAGUUGCCCAGAGGGGCUUUGGUUUGCAAAUCAGACAGCUGGAAAUGCCUGCGCCAGUGUUGCUCUUCUCAACAUUGUCAAUAACGUCCAAGGACUCGAGUUGGGAGACAACCUAGAGCAGUUUAAAGCGUUUACCAUGCCGUUUACUCCUGCUUUAAGGGGAGAUGCGAUCAACAACUUCGAGUUCGUCAAAAAUAUACACAACUCCUUUGCAAGGAAGAUGGACAUACUAAAUUCAGACCUACAACUCAAGUAUGAGGCCACAUCCAAGCGCAAGGGCUCGAAUAAACGUGGGAAUGAGGAAAAUGAGGCAGAUGCAGGCUUUCAUUUCAUCGCAUUUGUUCCUGCCCUAGGAAAAGUCUGGAAAUUCGAUGGGUUGGAACGCCAGCCGCAGGCUCUUGGUGACUGCGAUCCAGACCGGGACUGGAUAGAUCUGGUAAAACCCAAUAUACUUACCCGAAUGGAAGAAUACGAAGAAGGACAGAUUGAAUUCUCAGUUUUGAGUCUGGCCCGAGACCCGUUACUAGAUCUGGUGGACAGACUGGCAGUGAAUAUCAAAUGUCUGGAAACUGCUACCAAGGCCAUCGAUGCCUAUGUAGGAGACAGGGUCACCGUAGGGGCACCUAGUCUGGUAUCGGCUCUGGAGGGAUCACUUUUAGGUCCCGAUGAUUCUUAUGGGCUAACGAGAGAUGCGAUUGACCGGGCAAAGAUCCCCACAGAGGAAGAAAAGCGGUGUGCAGAUUAUUCAAUGAGCCAGCUCAUACAGUAUUGCAUUGAGCUGUGUAAUGCACAGCUACAGCUGAGGGCGACGAUUCGAGAAGAACAACAAUCCCAACAGAGCGAUGACGACUAUGCGGAGGGACGCAGGUAUGAUUACGGACCAGCAGUGAGGACCUGGCUUCGCUUUUUGGCGCGCAAGAGAGUGAUCGAGGACCUCAUCCCCAAGUCCAAAGGGUUCAGGGAAGUCAGAGAGAAAAGGAACGAUGGAGCAGUUGAUCCAUAA